ACCGAUGAGCAAACAAAUCCGGUGGUGGCGGUGGUGACGCGGAGUUGUUUCAACCAUUUCCUUCUUUCCGUUCAACUGCCAAAUACUAUUUUUCGCUAAGUUAUAUUUGAGAAAUCACAAGAAGCUUACAAAUAGGACAGAUGAGGGAAAUGCCGGACAGUCCCAAGUUUGCGUUAGUCACGUUUGUUGUGUAUGCAGUGGUUUUGUACAAUGUCAACAGCGUUUUCUGGAAAUUUGUAUUCAUCGGAUAUGUUGUAUUUAGGCUGCUUCGCACUGAUUUUGGAAGAAGAGCACUUGCCACGUUACCUAGAGAUUUUGCGGGACUGAAGCUCUUAAUAUCGGUUAAGUCGACAAUUCGUGGCUUGUUCAAGAAAGAUCGCCCAAUUCAUGAAAUCUUUUUGAAUCAGGUGAAACAGCAUCCAAACAAAGUGGCGAUUAUUGAAAUUGAAAGUGGUAGGCAGUUGACGUAUCAAGAAUUGAAUGCGUUAGCUAAUCAGUAUGCUAACCUUUACGUGAGUGAAGGUUACAAAAUGGGCGACGUUGUCGCUUUGUUUAUGGAAAAUAGCAUCGACUUCUUUGCAAUUUGGCUGGGACUUUCCAAGAUUGGAGUCGUGUCGGCGUUCAUCAACUCAAACUUGAAGUUGGAGCCAUUGGCACAUUCGAUUAAUGUUUCGAAGUGCAAAUCAUGCAUUACCAAUAUCAAUCUGUUGCCGAUGUUCAAAGCCGCUCGUGAAAAGAAUCUGAUCAGUGACGAGAUCCACGUGUUUCUGGCUGGAACUCAGGUUGAUGGACGUCAUAGAAGUCUUCAGCAAGAUCUCCAUCUUUUCUCUGAGGAUGAACCUCCAGUUAUAGACGGACUCAAUUUUAGAAGCGUUCUGUGUUAUAUUUACACUUCCGGUACUACCGGAAAUCCAAAGCCAGCCGUCAUUAAACACUUCCGUUACUUCUGGAUUGCGAUGGGAGCAGGAAAAGCAUUUGGAAUUAAUAAGUCAGACGUUGUGUACAUUACGAUGCCAAUGUAUCACUCUGCCGCCGGUAUCAUGGGUAUUGGAUCAUUAAUUGCAUUCGGGUCGACCGCUGUUAUUAGGAAAAAGUUUUCGGCAAGCAACUUCUGGAAAGAUUGCGUCAAGUACAACGUCACAGCGACACAGUACAUUGGAGAAAUCUGCAGGUAUCUUCUGGCAGCGAAUCCAUGUCCUGAAGAGAAACAACACAACGUGCGAUUGAUGUGGGGAAAUGGUUUGAGAGGACAAAUUUGGAAAGAGUUUGUAGGAAGAUUUGGAAUUAAGAAAAUUGGAGAGUUGUACGGCUCAACAGAAGGAAACUCCAAUAUUGUUAACGUGGAUAACCAUGUUGGAGCUUGUGGAUUCAUGCCAAUUUAUCCCCAUAUUGGAUCCCUCUACCCAGUUCGACUUAUUAAGGUUGAUAGAGCCACUGGAGAGCUUGAACGUGAUAAGAACGGACUCUGUGUGCCGUGUGUGCCUGGUGAAACUGGGGAAAUGGUUGGCGUUAUCAAGGAGAAAGAUAUUCUUCUAAAGUUCGAAGGAUAUGUCAGCGAAGGGGAUACUGCAAAGAAAAUCUACAGAGAUGUGUUCAAGCAUGGAGAUAAGGUGUUUGCAAGUGGAGAUAUUCUUCAUUGGGAUGAUCUUGGAUACUUGUACUUUGUGGACCGUUGUGGAGACACUUUCCGUUGGAAAGGGGAGAACGUGUCAACUACUGAAGUUGAGGGAAUUCUUCAGCCUGUGAUGGAUGUGGAAGAUGCAACUGUUUAUGGAGUCACUGUCGGUAAAAUGGAGGGGCGUGCCGGAAUGGCUGGUAUUGUCGUCAAGGAUGGAACGGAUGUUGAGAAAUUCAUCGCCGAUAUUACUUCUCGACUGACCGAAAAUCUGGCGUCUUACGCAAUCCCUGUUUUCAUUCGGCUGUGCAAGGAAGUUGAUCGAACCGGAACCUUCAAACUCAAGAAGACUGAUCUUCAAAAACAAGGUUACGACCUGGUUGCUUGUAAAGGAGACCCAAUUUACUACUGGUCAGCUGCAGAAAAAUCCUACAAACCACUGACUGACAAAAUGCAACAGGAUAUUGACACUGGUGUUUAUGAUCGCAUUUAAUAAUUUAGUUUGUCUAGUAUUUUGUAAAUUACUCAUUUCCCUCUCGGCUCAUUUCACUUAAGCAUUUAUUCGACAGGUUUAAACUUCAAAACUGUGUGUUUCUAAAAAUCUAAUCAUUAUAUUUUUGUUGCCAUAUUCUUCAUCUAGUCAGUGGUGUUUAAUUUCUUUGAGACACAUUGAAUCAAAAUGUUCCGGGAAAAAUGCCAAAAUUGCCUUUCUGAUCAAGGCAGCUCAAUUGUUUGAACCUACCAAGUUUUCACUUCCAUACAUGUUACAGUCUUUUUGUGAUCACGAGUAUAUGUUUUUUGUAUGAAUUUAUUGAAUAUAAACUUGUUUCAAAAUGUU